AUCGUUAUUCCAAAGUUCGUGGAUUGUGGCGCCUUUUACCCACCGUUAGCCAUUAGGCAACUGUCAUACGCGCCUUAUCAUCUCUCUCUGUAAAGGUUUCUGCUUUCAUAGGUUAAUGGCAACAGCCCACAAUUUGAAACCUGCAAUUGUAGUCUCCAGCAUCCCUUUUCCCCAGUACUCUUCAUUUACUAGUACAACUCCCCAUCUCUCUAGAUUCAUUGGUACUGACCUUUCCAAAAUUAGCCGCCCACAAAAGCUGCUGCCAUCAAUGCUGCUUCUGUCAAGGAGACGAUUGGUUCUGCCUUCAGUUUCUGGAAUGUGGGAGGCCUUGACCGGCGGUAGCUCAGCUCGUGAAGCUGUGAUGGCAAUUAGACGUGGAAUGCUUCUCUUCAGACAGGGUGAUGUGCUGGGGUCGUUGGUGGAAUUUGACAGGGCAAUUGAACUUGAUCCUCGACAGAAAGCCCAUCUUUGGCAGAGGGGACUGUCGUUAUACUACCUUGACAGGUUUGAGGAAGGUGCAGAGUAAUUUCGGUUGGAUGUUGCUCAAAACCCAAAUGAUACAGAGGAAUCAAUAUGGUGUUUCCUUUGUGAAGCUCAAUUAUAUGGAGUAGAUGAAGCAAGAAGAAGGUAUCUUGAGGUUGGUAGAGACCCUCGUCCUGUCAUGAGAGAGGCAUACAGCAUGUUCAAGGAUGGUGGUGAUCCAGAAAAGCUUGUGGCUGCAUUUUCUGGUGGACGGGAGAAUGAGUAUUUCUAUGCUUCUCUAUAUGCUGGACUUUAUUAUGAAUCCCAGGACAAACAGGAUGAAGCAAAACGUCACAUUGUUGCUGCUUGUCAAUCUCCUUAUGGACUCAGGUCCGAUGACUACAUGGCUUCUCUUGCCAAAGUGCAUUGCCUGUGUAGAAAUUGGGGCUCCACUUGAGAAUACAACCAUGACCCGGCAAGGUUUGAUCAAUAUUUUCCUGAGUGCUUUCAACAGAUUCUGAUUCUAGGUUCCCUAUGUAUUGCUUCACUUGAUUAGGAGGACGCAAUCAGGAUACUAUUGGAAAUGAAUCUAAAGGAUCUCCUUAGCGUGCAUCACGUAUGAUCUUCAGGCACCUCAUCAUAGAAACCUGAGCUCUGCGAUCUGUUGUUAAGAAGGGUCCAUAGACCUCAUCAUGGAAUUUUACUCGUGACUUCUUGCAGAAUAUCAAAAUCUUCUGUGAGGAGGGGAUAUAAAAACCAUUGCGUAUGCUGCAUCACUCAGUUGUUGCAGAAAGUACCACAGAUGAAGUUGUUUCGCGCAAGUUCAAAGAACACCUUGUUAGGAAUUUGUGUAUUGUGUAAUAUGCCUAGUACAUGCUCUAUCAGUUGGUGGUUAACUAGCACAAUUCUGCAUAUCUAGUGGCUUUAACCACGCAGAUGUGUAUUGACGAA